AUGUAUAUUCAUCUUCUUUUUUUACUUCUUUCUAUUUAUCAAAUAUAUGGUCAUGGUCAACAUGCUCCUAAUAGUCAACCUUCUACUGGUGAACAACCACAUAUUUCCCGAAAAAUGGAAGAUCAUGUACAUGAUAUAAAUCAUAUGAAACACGAUCUUCAAGGUCAAAUAAAUAAACCAGUAGAACAAAUGUCACAAGAAGAACAAAAUUUUUAUUAUUUUAAAUUACAUGAUAUAAAUAAUGACAAUCGUUUAGACGGUUUAGAAGUUAUAGCUUCCUUUGAUCAUGAGCAUGAAGAAGAAAACCUUCAGAAUGCUACUGUAGAUGGACAUCAUAAUAAUACAAAAAAUGAACGUAUCGGUGAUGAAGAACUUACGAAUCUUAUUGAUGAUAUACUUAAAGAAGAAGAUCUUGAUCGUGAUGGUUUUAUUAGUUAUGAAGAAUUUAAAGUUGCAUUAGAACGUGAAGCAGCUACACAUGGAUAA